CAACUUCCUGCCCCCAGGAUGGAUGUUGCCCUGAGCUCUGGCCAGAUGAAGGCUCGUCUGGCCUUCGGAGGACUGUUCCUCCUCUCUUCUCUGGUCUGGACUUGCUCUGGAGAACAGCCAGUGUAUGUGCGAUGCAAUCCCGACUUGCUCUUUGUCAGGGUUAAGCCAACUGCCUUUCACAACGAUCUACCCGUGGCCCCCGAUGAAGUGUUCCUGGGAGACUUAUGUCCCGUGACCAGGGUGUACAUAGGAUUUUACGAGUUUCAGUAUCACCCCACCGAUUGUGACAUCAGGAUUGAGGGUCUUCCGGGGCAUCGUAUGAUUUUUCUAACUCAAAUCGUCUUUAUGUCAAAGUUAUCAGAUCUUGAAGCGUCUUUAUCUGUCGCCUGCGAGGUCCCGUGCCAGCUACCUCCCGUAAGAGUCAUCAAAGGAAAUGAUGGGAAUAACCAAAGUGGACCCUCAAAAAGACCAAGACUAGCAAACCUAUAUAUUGGGAAUACAGCCAACUGGAGGGUUAAGACCACCAUCUGAACGUGCAGUUUCACUCCACAAGGGAUCACAGAGAUCACCUUUUUCCACCUGAGAAUCAGAAGCUCGUCUAAUCCUCAUCCUGCGACGUGCUGGGAGCCACAUGCAUUGAGGGUCCUGUCUCUUCUCUUGCCUUUUAAACAUUUUAAAUGUCUCGAUUUUAAAUGGAAUGGCCCUUUCUAGUUUUAUGAUCCUCGAUGAAGAAGGGUCCGCCUCUGUUUUUAACUUCAUAUGGAGUUAUAAUAAACUGUUUUGC